CGUGAACAGAGAGCACACAUCGUGCGCGGAAUUGGGAAAUUGUGUCAACCAGUGGGUGAACUGUGAGAGAGGAAGAGAUAUUGUGAAGACAAUUGAUAUAAAUUAUCUUAUAUUGUUUCAGCUGCUCUCAACUGGGUAACAAUGGGUUUCACGAGGAAAUGGGACGAGACGUGCCCUCGCGUUUACGACAGUUGGGAGGACGACGGGGUGAAUUGGGUAAUACAGGACUUGGCACCGGAAGACGACGACAUUGCGAUGGACAUCCUGGCCAACGAGUUCCUGCCUGACGAACCUCUGUGCAGUUACAGCAAGCUCACUGAAGAUCCAGAAAGUGUAAGGAGCAUGGUCCAGUUCUGGCGCGACUGUCUAGCGCAGCGCAUGAGCCUUGGCUGCUACACUGUUGUCGAUGGCCAGAAGACACUCGUCGGUCUCAACGUCUGUGUCCUCGACACUAUUGAGGAGAGAGUGCCUAGCACACCGAUCGAAGGUGCAGCCUGGAAGAAUGUAUACGGCGCGAUGGCAUACCUCGAAGAAAAAUGCGAUCCUUUCAAGUAUCUCAAUUUGGAUACAGUAUUGCAUGCACUGGGGUUGUCUGUCAAACGUGAUUACCGAGGGAAACAUUUGGGCAGCAGAAUACUGGCAGCAAGGAAACCGCUGAGCCUCUUGCACGGUAUAAAGGCCACAGCGACCGUGUUCACGGGGCCCGCGUCACAGAAGUCCGCCGCCAAAGCCGGCUUCACGACCGCCAGUGCUGCCAACUCUCGGGAGAUGGCGGCGGCUGGUCUGAACUAUCCCAACGAUGACAGCAUAACCAUCAAGCUUAUGGUGAAGAGAUAUGAUGAAUAAUGUAAACUAUGUAACCAUGGAAAAGUUUAGAAAUUACUUAAUAUUAAUCUAUUCCGAGAAGUCCGUUACCGACAUAAGAAAUUUACGUAGGGUAUACGUAAAUUUCUUAUGUCGGUAAUCUUAAUAUAUAAAUGCAAAAAGUCAUUCAUCACGAAAUCUCGAAAACCACUUGAUGUAAAAAGCUGAAAUUUGGCAGGAAGGCAGUUUAUAGUUAGUAGGUAUCCACUAAGAACGGAUUUUGCUUUAGGGUCGGAUUA